GGGAAGCGCUCUUCCUUCAGACUUCUCCCUUCCCCGGUGGGUCAGUUCCUAGCUUCGCGCGCUUACGUCACGGGAGGAAUGCGGUGACGUGACCUGCUCUUCUGUGACGUCGGCGGCGGGCCUGGGUUAGAGUAUCAAAAUUAAUGGGAAGAAAAUCCGUGAAGAGCAAAAUACCGAAAUUUUAAGUAAAGAUAAGAUCCGCCAAGGACUGGGAUUAAGGUGAGGUGAAAGGAUGAUGGGGAACAAUAUACGCACAAGGUGCUGGAUGGCUCGCUGGCUGUAGGGGAGUGUGGACUUCGUCACGGGAGCCAGAUUGUCACCGGUGUUAGCUGCAAUGAAGCUCAACAUCACAGUGAAGGGACCUGCAGCCUCAAAAAGUCCCGGGUGUUGCUGUCCAGCAUGGCCAAGCGCCCGCUGCUGUUGCUGCUGACCAUGUGGGUGCUGGCUGGGGAGCUAUGGCUGAGGGCUGAGGCCCGGGCAUCGCCCUAUGGAGUGAAGCUUUGCGGCCGGGAAUUCAUCCGGGCAGUCAUCUUCACCUGCGGGGGCUCCCGGUGGAGACGGUCGGACAUCCUGGCUCCUGAAGCUACGGGUGACCCCUUCCCAGAUGCAGACUCGGACCCAGACAGUGAGCUGGAUGAGUCAGUAGCCUCCAGCGAGUGGUUGGCCCUGACCAAGUACCCCUGGGCUUUCUAUGGGAGCCAACCUGGCUGGCAGGGGACUCCGGGGGCUCUGCGUGGUGGCCGUGAUGUCGUGGCGGGCCUCUCCAGCAACUGCUGCAAGUGGGGGUGCAGUAAGAGUGAAAUCAGCAGCCUCUGCUAGACCAAGGACCGGGGGGCCAGGGGCCCAGGGUCCAGCUGGGCACCUGUCUCUGGCCUCUCAUGCAUUCAUUCAUCGGCUAAUCAGGUCAGGCGCUGUGCACUUAGACACAGUCCCCCCUAAAUGACCCUGACCUUUGACCAGCCUAUCCUCACCUGGCCGAAUGGAAACCUCUGGUCCUGACCCCUGACCUCUUCCCAGCCUGGCCUAGGCUCUCUGCUGCAGUGGUGCCCCUACUCUACCCAAACUGAUCUACCCUCAUCCAGACCUUAGCCCUAACUGAUUCUCUCUUGCCCCAACUGUAGCCUCUGUCUCCCGACCAGCCCAAAUUAUGCUCCUGCUCCAUUCCAGCCCUCGCCCACUUCUUUCUCCCUGCCUUCCAGCCCCUCCCCCUCCAGCCCCACCUGCUGGGGUUCUAAAGCUGGGGACCCUAGAACUGGUGGUGGGAGCCCUGGGUUCCCUUCAUGUCCUGGGGUGGGAGGCUCGGUGACGGGACGGAUCAGACC